UCGACCACGGGUAUCACCUGUCAUACCUAAACAUUCUUUCGCACUAUUUUCGGUAUCGAGACGCAGUCACAUAUUUAUAUUAUCUUUGAUCUGUGAAACCAGGUGCAAAAUGAGCGACAAAAACGUUCGUGUUCAAAUUUCAGGCAGCAAUGCACCGCCCGGCGAAGAAACACAGAAUGCACCCGCGCCAGAUUCGGUGAGUGAACAGAACGGCGAAAGGCACGAAACCCAUGACGGGCCUACCCUCGAAAGCCUUGUUGACAUUGUAGCAAUUGAUCCUGAGUGCUACGAGCUCGAUCUCAACCACCACAGAGUCGGGAAAAUCGAAAAUCUAGAGCCGCUCGUUAACGUUGAAAGGCUGUACUUCCGAUGGAACCUUAUCAAGAAAAUCGAGAACCUGGACACCCUCACAACGCUCCGCGAGCUCGAAUUCUACGACAACCAGAUCACAAAAAUCGAGAAUUUGGACCGCUUGGUCAACCUUGAAAUCUUGGACUUGAGCUUCAAUCGGCUGACGAAAAUCGAGAACCUCGAUGCCCUGGUGAAAAUGGAGCGGCUCUUCCUGUGUGCCAAUAAGAUAUCGCAGAUCGAGAAUUUGGAUUCGCUGACGAACCUGACGAUGCUCGAACUCGGAGACAACAAAUUGCGGAAAAUCGAAAACCUGGAUGCCCUUGUCAAUCUGCGACAGCUCUAUCUUGGCAAAAAUAAAAUCACAAAAAUCGAAAAUCUCGAUAAAUUAGUCAACUUGGAGUGUCUUAGCAUACAAGCAAAUCGUAUCGUGAAAAUUGAGAACCUUGAAAAGUUAACAAACCUCACGGAAUUAUAUAUAUCGGAAAAUGGAAUAGAGACAAUUGAAAAUCUGGACCAAAAUACACAAAUCGAAACAUUGGAUUUGGCGAAAAACCGAAUAAAGAAGAUCGAGAAUAUAAGUCAUCUGACAAAUCUAGAGGAUCUAUGGCUCAAUGAUAACGACAUCUCGGAUUGGCAUAACGUAGAUGCAUUGCGUGACAAUAAAAAACUAGCCACCAUCUAUCUAGAAGCAAAUCCAAUCGCAAAGGAUGUCCAAUAUCGAACAAAGCUUAAAUUGGCAGUAAGUUGGCUACAGAAAAUCGAUGCAACUCUUUGUCGUGCGGGAGACAAUUGACAACAUGAAAAUUAGUUUUAUUCCAUUCAUUCAGGUUUCUUCUGCUACAGAAAUUACAAAAGAAUAUUAAGAUAUGAAAAGAAAAAUGUAAGAAACAGAAGUGCCGCCCUCAAAUAGACCAGAACAAUAUUUGUGUAAGAAAGUGACCACGUGAAAGUCAAUUGGAAUUGUUUGAAGAAUUAUCAUGGAAUUUAUAUACCAGAAUUGUAUUAAUAGAAAUAUAAUUACAUAAAUGUUAUUAUUGUACGGAAUGGAAUGUUUCACGGAUCCAGAAUCAAACCUUCUGUGUAAAGGCAGCAGCACAACUUUUCUCUAGAGUAUUCGGAGUAGACCGCAACUGUACGUAGGUGUAUAAACUAUACUUCGCACUAGGUGCAAAAUAUCCUGCAUAGUUUACGUACUAUCCUUUUUUAUGCAAGAGAAUAAAUGGAACAUAAA